CUUCCCCAACUUCUGUAUCCAACGGUAACUGCAGCCGCAGCAACAACGAAUCCUCUGAUCAGCACACUGAGUGGAUUACAGGCUACGACACCAUUAGCAAAUCAGGUGAACACAUCUCAGGCCCAGCAACAGCAGCAGUACAUCGACUACGCAACUCUUGCAGCAAUUGCAGCAGCCGGUAGCGGUGCUACCGCUGCCACUGCAGCGGCAGCAGCAGCUCAAGCCAAUCCGUUCUCCUUACAUCCUACAGUAUCAGCAGCAACAGGUCUGGAGCAGUAUGCAUACACACCAUAUGGCUUGGUACCAGCUAACAGCUAUGCAGCUCAACUGUCGGCCGCUCAAUCACAGCUUGCCGCUGUUACGCAACAACAAGCUGCCCUGGAACACCAACGCGUAUAA